GAACAUACGAAUUUUAAAAUUUCGUCAAAUCUUGAGAGAUCACUUUUCUAUGUUGGUAACGUAGAUAUCAUCCAGGUUUUAUCUAGGUCACAAUGGAGCACGGGCAAUACCUUAGAUUCCUACGCCCGUAUCUUUUCCAAUUGCCAUCAUCUAAGGCUACUGUGUAUGCGCGGCUCUUUUCUGCUGGUCGCUAUCAUCCUGUAAAAGUGAGAAAUUCACAAUGCUUGGGGUUCCAAAGCACAUCUCGCAGAGUUUUACAUGCCUCUACGGCCAAAAGGUUCACCAGCUCCGAUUCCAAGCCAUCGGUGGAAAACACCGUUGCCUUAUCAAGUCGUCAAGUUACUAUUGAUAAGCGUGUUCAGAAGCUAAAAGAAUACGAUGCUCUUCAUUACCCAAGACUCGGACCACGGCCUAACCGCAUGAGCAUACCCAGCUUUCGAGACAAGUAUAGGGACGCAAAGACUGUAUCGAGUACCGAGGAAGUCGUCUUAGAAGGUCGGGUCUUGUCAGUUAGACGGUCUGGGUCCAAGUUAGUCUUCUUCAAUAUCAUGGGCGAGCAACGACAGGUUCAAGUCAUGGUUAGUUUAAGCCAGCUUUCUGAUCCGGCACUUGAACCUCGGCACUUCAAGGAUGCCCUGCACCCUUUCCUCCGUGGCGAUAUUGUCUCAGUCAAAGGCGUAGCAACGCGAACAGAAGCAGGUGAAUUGACGUUACAAGCAACCGAACUACCUACCAUUCUAAGUCCCGGCGUGGCACCACUACCCGAAAUGUUAGUUGACCAGGAAACUAUGGUGUUGAAUAGGCACGUCGAUUAUUUGGUUAACGACCGAGCCGUUGACACACUCCGUGUUCGCUCCCGUAUCUUGAAGUGCAUGCGAGAUUUCUUCUAUGAGCGAGACUUCAUAGAAGUUCAAACACCAAUAUUAGCGGACCAUGCCGGUGGAGCAAUCGCCCGACCAUUUGUGACAUCAGCUACUGAGCUCCCGCGAAAAGAACUCGCGUUGCGCAUUGCCCCUGAGCUGUGGCUCAAGCGUUUAGUUGUCGGCGGCAAUGAUAAAGUCUUCGAAAUUGGUCCCGCUUUCCGAAAUGAGGGCAUUGACACUGGCCAUAACCCUGAAUUUACCAUGUGUGAAUUCUACUCUGCUUACUCCAACUUAAGCGACCUGAUUUCCAUGACCGAAGGUCUCAUGACUCGCGUCUUUAAUGAUCCUUACGAUGCUAUGUUCCCGGGGCUUCGCUCUCUUGAACAGACAAGGAUCAAGCUACCCACUGAGAGCUGGAAGCAAGUCGAGUUCAUCCCAGCCUUGGAAGAGAUCCUUGGUAUCAAGUUCCCGGAUCUUUCGGACCCCAAUUCACUUCCCACGCUCAUUAAACUCGCGGAAGAGGUAGCGAAAAUUACACCAGGACCAACCCCGACAAUGGCUAAAAUCCUAGAUGAGCUUGCUAGCAAAUACCUAGAGAAGGAUUCUGCAGAGUCUCCUCUAUUCAUCAUCCAUCACCCUGCUUGCAUGUCCCCCCUCUCCAAGUCUUUCACCUGUCCCAAGACCGGCCAGCUCGUAUCUGCUCGCGCCGAGCUAUUCAUCAGGGGCCGCGAGAUCGCAAACAUGUACGAGGAGGAAAACGACCCGUUCGAGCAACGGCGAAAAUUCCAGCUGCAAGUGGAAUCAAAGAAUGGUAACUUGGCAGCAGAUAAUGAAAUAGACGAGAGCUACGUUCAAGCUUUGGAGUACGGACUACCACCGACAGGGGGGUGGGGAUGUGGCAUUGAUAGGCUUGUCAUGCUGCUCUCUGGGGCGCCGAGGAUCGGCGACGUCCUUAGUUUUGGAACUUUGAAGAAUGUUGUGUCGAUACGUCAAGCUGCCAAGGAUUCUUGAGGUCUUGCAAAGAGAGUUGAAGCUGUAUAUUAGAUGAUGAUGAGAUGAUACCCUUUAUUUAUGAAUAAUAUUCAGUCUCGACUGUGUUAUUCGAUAGUUCGAGCU